AUGGAUGUGGACGGUUCAGCUGUUCCUGGGGAAAUAGAUCAAAAUCUUCUCUUGCAAUUUAGUUGUAUGAAUACCACUGAUAGGGAUGAGCUUAUAAGCCAAAUGCAAAGGCUUUUGGGGCCUAGUUUAAAUUAUAACACUGCAAGCUUUUUCCUUGACAUGAGUAAUUGGAACUUACAGGCUGCAAUAUGUUGUUAUUUAGAUUAUAAUUUACCACCAAAACUUCCAUCUAUGUCUUUAAAAGCUGCUCAAACACAGGAAUCAGCAGUUAGUCCAGGAACGAGUUUUGAACAAAGUUGGAGUAUUGCAAAUACAGGGACAGAAGGUUGGCCUGGGAGUUGUAGAUUGAUACAGGCUGGUGGUGACCCAUUAGGAGCAACAUCCUUGUAUGUGCCACCAUUGCUCCCAGGGCAUAGUACAACAGUUACUAUGAAGUUAGUGGCACCUAGUACACCUGGCACUUUUAGGGGCUAUUUCCAUUUGGUUUCUGAUAAAGGAGAACAAAUAGGAGAUCCACUUUGGGCAAUAAUUAAGGUAGAAUCUGAGGAAACCAUGGCACUAGCAGAACAAUUAGCUGCACUGCCAAUACCUAGUAGUAGGCUAGAAGAACAAUCACAGGCAUCUCCACCAGAUGAUCAAAUGUGUUGA